AUGGCUGUUGAGCCCCAUACGCAGGAGGCGGUUGUGGCUGGUACGGGAGACCUGGAGACGGUUGUUGACGUUGAGGUUGUGGAGGCUUCUGUCCAUUGGGAGGUGGAGCUUGUUGCUGCUGCUGCUGUCGAGGUGGAGGUGGAGGUUGAUUCCUAUUCUGAGGUUGAUUCUGGGCAGGAUAGGGGCCUGAUUGGGUUCCGGUUUGAUUCUGAAAAUAUAGUUUUUGAGACGAGGAAUCUCUAA